AAGGGAGACCCAGCAGGGUGUAUGCCCAUAGCAUCCCCCUUUCAGGCUGUUUUGGCUGCUGAAAUUAGGGUCAGAUGGAGUCAAGGAAUGGGGCUGAGGCUCUGGAGCCCAAGUGCUGAUGUGGCACCGAGCAGCACCCCGCCUGGCUUUGUACAGCGACAAGGGGAAAAAAAACAAACCAACACAAUCACUUCUGCCCUUUAAAUCUGGACAAAACAGGUUUCUAAUUAAAGCAGCACUUAAUCAUUAGCGCUCGGUGGAUGUUUGAUGCAAACAGUUGGUUGAAAGUCUCGUACUGGCUCCCUCUUUGUCCCUCGGUGAGCCUGGAAAUGGGUGUGAGCUGCAGUAGGAGUGUCUGCAGUUAAGUAGAGGAUUGAAUUACUGAGCACUGCUGUUCCCUGGCUGACAAGGUAGCAGAACAGCAAACAAAAGUGCCUUGAAAAGAGCUCACCAAAGAGAAGAGAAAGAGCUGGGAUCGCUGAGGAGGGAGAGCUGAGAGGACUCCGGGCACUUUCCAGCAAGCUCAGAGUUCAGGAUGGCAGACGGAGACACAAAUCUUCCAACUAUUGAGAGAAGGCUGGGUCUGCAGAUAUGGAGCAUAGAGAACAUGAAGAUGGUUCCUGUACCUGAAAAAGCCUAUGGGACUUUUUUUGAAGGAGACUGCUAUGUAAUUCUGCAUAGCAAAAGAACCUCUCGUGGCACCGCUGUGGAUUUGCAUUACUGGAUUGGGAAGGAUUCAUCCCAGGAUGAGCAAGGUGCUGCAGCCAUGUACGUCACCCAGCUGGAUGCUGCACUCAGGGGAAGCCCCGUGCAGCACCGGGAGGUGCAGGGACACGAGUCUGAGACCUUCCAAAGCUAUUUCCGCCACGGCAUUAUCUACAAGAAGGGAGGGGUGGCCUCAGGAUUUAAGCAUGUGGAGACCAAUGUGUACAACAUCAAGCGUCUUCUUCAUGUCAAGGGGAAGAAGCACGUGUCAGCCACUGAGGUAGCACUUUCCUGGGACAGUUUCAAUAAGGGCGAUGUGUUCCUGCUGGACCUUGGGAAAGUGCUGAUCCAGUGGAAUGGGCCCAACUGCAGCAUUGCUGAGAAAUCCAGGGGCCUGGCACUGGCUCGUAGCAUCAGGGACAGCGAAAGAGGCGGCCGCGCUCAGAUCGGCAUCAUUGACAACGAGAAGGAUUCCCCAGACCUCCUCAAGAUCAUGAAGAUGGUGCUGGGUGAGAGGCGUGGGGAGCUCCGAGAUGCCAUCCCGGACACAAAAGCAGAUGAGCUGCAGAAAGCAAAUGUCCGGCUUUAUCAUGUCUAUGAGAAGGACAAUGACCUCGUGGUGCAGGAGAUAGCUACUCGGCCACUGACACAGGACCUGCUCCAGCAUGAGGACUGUUACAUUUUAGACCAAGGUGGCUUUAAGAUUUACGUUUGGAGAGGAAAAGCCUCCAACCAGGAGGAGAAGAAAGCAGCCUUCACUCGAGCUGUGGGUUUUAUCCAAGCCAAAGGCUAUUCUCCCUCCACCAACAUUGAAGUGAUCAAUGAUGGUGCAGAGUCAGCUAUGUUCAAACAGCUCUUCCAGAGGUGGACGGAAAAGGAUGAAAUGCAGGGGCUGGGCAAAGUCUAUACUGUUGGCAAAACUGCCAAGGUGGAGCAGGUGAAGUUUGACACCACACAGCUCCAUGCAAGACCAGAGCUGGCUGCUGAGCAGAGGAUGGUGGACGAUGCCUCUGGGGACAUAGAGGUAUGGAGAAUCGAGGACCUGCAAAUGCAGCCGGUGGAUCCCAAGACAUACGGGCAGUUCUAUGGAGGUGAUUGCUACCUGGUCCUGUACACCUACCUCAGAUCUGGCCGGCCUCACUAUGUCCUCUACAUGUGGCAGGGUCGCCAUGCCUCUGUGGAUGAAAUCACUGCUUGUGCCCUCAAUGCCAUUGAGCUGGACAAGAAGUAUGGGGAUGAGGCUGUGCAGGUGCGCGUGACAAUGGGCAAGGAGCCGGCACACUUCUUGGCAAUCUUCAAGGGCAAGCUGAUCAUAUACGAGGGUGGCACAAGCCGGGCCCAGAAAAGCACCCCUGAGCCAGCAGUCCGCCUCUUCCAGGUGAGAGGCACAAAUGAGAUGAACACCAAGGCCACGGAGGUGCCAGCCCGAGCCUCCUCUCUCAACUCCAAUGAUGUCUUCCUGCUGGCAACCAACCAAGUCUGCUACCUAUGGUGUGGGAAGGGCUGCAGCGGAGAUGAGAGGGAGAUGGCAAAGAUGGUGGCUGACAUUGUCUCCAGGAGGGACAAGCACACUAUUUUGGAGGGACAGGAGCCAGCAGAGUUCUGGGAGGCCCUGGGAGGCAAAGCCCCUUAUGCCAGUGAAAAGAGGUUUCAAGAGCGGAUCACACACUACCAGCCUCGCCUCUUCGAGUGCUCCAACCAGACGGGUCGGUUCAUCAUGACAGAGGUGGUGGAUUUCUGCCAGGAAGACUUGGAUGAAGACGAUGUCAUGUUAUUAGACACUUGGGAAGAGAUUUUCCUCUGGGUUGGCAAAGCCUCCAACACAUAUGAGAGGAAUGAAGCAGUUGCCUCGGCUAAGGAGUAUCUCAAGACCCAUCCAGCAGGGAGAGACUUGGCGACUCCAAUCAUACUGGUGAAGCAGGGCUGUGAGCCCCUCAACUUCACAGGGUGGUUCAACGCUUGGGACCCCUACAAAUGGAGUGAUGGCAAAUCCUAUGAGGAGAUGAAGAACAGCUUAGGAGAUGUGUCAGCACUAUCUGAGAUCACAGUGGACCUGAACAACAUCAGCCUGAGCAAAAGAACCCUCAGCAUGACCAACCUGGCUGGUUCAAGCACAUCAAGUGCUUCCCCGGAGUACAAAACACACCUCAACCACAAUGACAGCAGCAGCUACGCCAACAGCAGCGCCAACGGCAGCCCAUUCACAGUGCCCAAUGACAAGGGAGUUUACUCCCGAGAGGUGCUGAUGAACAAGACUGUGGAGGAACUUCCAGAAGGAGUGGAUCCCACUAAAAAAGAGUACUAUCUGUCUGAUGCUGAUUUCCACGAGAUCUUUGGGAAGUCUAAACAAGAGUUCUACCAGAUGCCCAAAUGGAAGCAGCAGAAUGAGAAGAAGCAGUGUGGACUCUUCUGAGACAGCAGGGGCCACCCAGCAUCCAAUGACUUUGGGAGCAACCCUUCUCUCUUAGGAGAUGCAGGGAAGAAGCACAGACAUUGGCUCAAUGAACCCAACCCAACAUCUCAAUCAGGCCAAGCUCCAAUGCAGUUAAUCCAGCAGCCACUGUUCAGGGACUGGCAAAACGUUUUGCAGGAAUGGAUUUGCAUGAUGUUUUUGCCUCUUUCGAACACCUUAUUGCUGAUAGACAUGAAGACAAGUGGUCUGCAUUGUAGCCUCUUCUUUCCUCACCCUUUUGCAGUUUGCCACAUCUGCAAGAUUGAGAUCCUCCUCCAUUUGUAAAAGUUAAGAAUUAGGUAAGAUAAUGGCAACUUGCGGCUGUUAUGUGAAUUCUGGAUGGGGAGAGAAGGGGAAAGCCCUGGGGGGAUGGAUGGGGAGCCUUUGGGUCAGGAAAAGGGAAUGGAGUAGCCAGAUGUGUGCUGGGGUAGCCCAUGGAGUGCAACUGACCAGCUCAGCACUGUCUCAGCCUGCAGAAAAGCUACUCACCAAAACCCAGAGAGAAUCAAUUGUAGCUUAACGUGCACAGUCUAACACAGGUAAAACAACUAAGAAGCCUGGGUUGGGGGGAAAUAAAAUGCUCAUGCAUAUUUAGAGUGUAUUUAUUAACUGUUCUGUUUCAAAAAGAUGAUGAGAUUUGGGGCUAGGUGCAGCUGUUGAUUUUGACUGCCCAACAAGACUCUGCAUCUCCAAUCUCACCUGGCCUUGCUGAGCAUGACUGGGUGUGGGUAAGCAUGAGUGCACCUCUCCACAGAGCAGAGCCUUGAUGAAGCCAGGAGGGUUUGGAAAAUGACCUGAGUGUGUCCCAGUGGAGGGCUCCAUCCCUGUGAUGUCCAUGGGCUGAGGGUGCUGGUUCCGCAUUGAGCUCAAUGAGAUUGGAGGGGGAAAUGUAAGAGUGACAAAGGGAUGCGACUGUAUAUGAGAGGAGGAAAACUGUAUGUUCAAAAAAAAACCAAACAAUGUGGUUAUAAAGCUUUACUCCAUUUCCAGCCUGAUUGAUGAUUCCAAAUAAACAGCUAACAGCAGCA